CUGAAAUUCUAUCUAUAUCACUAAGACUAGAUACCACCAUAAUAAUACGGUAAGCAUGUUGAACCCUAUCGCAUCUGACCCCCUCAUCCACAACCCGAAUCCAACGCAAACUGAUAAUGGAAUAGUCUUAUCUCCGCAUCUCCGUCCGAUCUAUACUUAAACCCGCUUAUCCCCCAUCCGCAUCCCACACUCAUCCCUCCAUCUACAAUCUCACCUACCUCUCCAAACCCACCACCUCUGCACCCUUGAAAGACAAUGUCUCCAUCAACCAAACCAACCUUCACAACAACCCUCAUCCCACCCCCCUCCACCACACAACUCACCGUCCCCCCACCAACCACAACCCUCACCACCCCCACGGACCCCCUAACCACCGCCCUUGUCAUCCGGCGCGACGUCUUCAUCCACGAACAAAACUGCACGCCGGAGAGCGAAAUCGACUCGGAUGACCCGCGCAGCUGGCAAUGGGUUGUCUACGCCCACCAUCAGGACACCAAUCCCACACCCACCCCCGUGGCCGUAAUCCGCCUCGUCCCACCCCCACAUGCACCGCACGAGAUCCUCACCCAUCCUGAGACAGCAUCCAGUCUACCCGAAUGGGAUCUGAAAAGCGAGCCAUACGUGAAAUUGACACGGGUGGCGGUGGUGAAGGAGUGGAGGGGGUAUGGAUUGGGACGGGUGUUGGUUGAUGAGACGCUGAAGUGGGCGGCGCAGAACCGGGGGGAGAUUGAGGGGGCGUUUAAGAGUGUUGCUGGGACGGAGGUGGAGUGGAAGGGGCUGGUGUUGGUGCAUGCGCAGGUGCAGGUUGAGGGGAUGUAUCAAAGGUUGGGGUUUGAGACGGAUGAGGAGCUGGGGAGGUGGGAUGAGGAGGGGAUUGAGCAUGUGGGGAUGUGGAGGAGGAUUUCUGUCGUUUCUCCGUAGGAGGUACUGUGUGUGAUGUAUAUAUGAAAAGAUGGGAGAUGGGAGGGUUUGAUCUACAUACAUGUGGGGGUAGAUAGGGCUACAGGGAUAGAGGUUGGUUGGAUAAAGUCUAUUGCAUAUCAUGAUGAUGUCAAACUCCACAACUCAUAAACUUCACACACCGUGAAAACGAAGCGAAAAACAAGGAACCAACAAAGAGAUCGCCGCGCAUAAGCAACCAUGACGGGGUAUCCUGAGUAGUAAAAGG